UGUCACAUGACUGGAAACGAGAUUGACAGAUGCUUGUCACUCGAUACGAAAACAUGUUAGAAAAUGCAAUACACAAAAUUAUAAUAAUAUCUUGAUGUGAAAACUGAAGAAAACUUAAUUCAUUGAUACCAUGGAUAAAAAGAAGAAAGGGAAAGAUAAGUUUGUUGACAAUGAUGGAAAGAGUGAUGGCAAAACAUCAAAAGCAGAAUCAAAACUGUCCGAUUCAAAGUUGGACAGUAAACCAUCAACAGCAGCUACCAAAAAGGACAGACAAGAUGACAAACCUUCUCCAAAAAAGAAGCCUAGAAAUAGACUACCUCCAAUCAGUGAUGCGAGGAGUGUGGUUGAAAUGGGAACGGGUCAGGAUACAGAAUUAGACAUGCGUAAAUCUUUUACUGCACCUGAUCAUGCCAAGACAUGUUACUUUUACAAAGAACAAGACUAUACAUUUUCUGGUGUCAAAAUUCCAGUUAAUCCUAGAAAAUAUAAAAAAUGGGAUGUCUUGCUUUUAGAAUUAUCUAAAAAAAUUCCUGGCUUAGGAUUUGGUGUUAGAAGUGUAUACACACCUAGGGGGAGUGAUGCCAUUUCAAAUCUAGAUGGGUUAACUCAUGAUGGUAAAUAUGUUUGUUCUUCAAACAGAAACAGAUGUAGACCACUAAAUAUUAACCGAGUUCACCACAAUCCGUCUUGGUUCAUGACACGCCCACCAAGUGGCAGGAAGGCUUAUAAUGAUAUACUAAAGGAAGACGUUAAAUACAGAGACAUGAAAGUAAAACGUGUAAAAAGAGAUUAUGACAUGACAAGUGUAUAUAAUAGAAAUCAACCAAAGAAAGUGACAAUUUUACGCAAUGGUGAACCUACAAAUCGCCAUGUGAUGUUAUUCAACAGAAAAACAGCUCAGAACUUUGAACAGAUUUUAAAAGAUUUAAGUGAUAUGUUUAAAACAGCCAUUUGGAGAUUAUACACAAUAGAAGGCAGAAGGAUACUGAGUCUUGGUAACCUGUUCAGUGGACCAGAAGUUUUAAUUGCAGCUGGGCGGGAACCAUUCAGAAAUAUGGAAGGUUCUUAUGAUUCAAGAGGAAGCCAGGCCACAUCCAGAAAUUUCUCUAGAACAGGCAUGGGUACCAGAGGAUCUGAUAUGAUAGCUGGCAGAAUGAAAACAAGAAGGGAUAGACUUGCAAAUACAAAGGGAAGAUGGAGAGUAAAUGUUAUAACAAACAAGAAUCGACAUGCUGGUACACAAGCUCAAAUAACUCUUACUGUUUAUGGUCAUAAAGGCAAUUCAGGACCAAUAUCACUCGGUACUGGUGACGGGGAAAAUUUCCAGAGUGGUACAGUUGAUGAAUUUGAUGUAAAUGUAGGAAAUGUUGGUGAAGUAUACAAGAUAAGGAUUGGACAUGAUGACUCUGGAGAUUCUCCUGGCUGGUUAUGUGAUGAGAUUAAAAUGUUUGAUAUUGAUACAAGUGAAGAGUUAACAUUUACCUGCCAUAGGUGGAUGGCUAGAGAUGAAGAUGAUGGAGAAAUUACAAGAGAAAUAGCAGCUAUUAGAAAAGGAGAACCUAUUUUGCCAGCGAUAAGAUAUGAAGUAACAUGUGUAACAGGUGAUUUAUGGAAUGCUGGCACAGAUGCAAAUGUUUAUAUUACCAUAUAUGGUGAUAGGGGAGACACAGGAGUCAGACAACUCUAUUCCAAAGACAAAGUAGACUUAUUUAAAAAGGGAAAGACAAACAAGUUUACUGUGGAAGCAGUUUCUCUAGGACAUCUGAAGAGAAUCAUUGUUGGUCAUGAUGGAACAGGCAAUGGUAAUGGCUGGUAUUUAGAGAAAAUAUCAAUCAAAGAAUCAACAAGACAACACGAGGAAAACAAUUUCUACUGUGGCAAAUGGUUAGAUGAGGGAGAAGAUGAUGGUAAGAUUGUCAGAGAAUUAAAGAUACAAGAAGAAUACAUGGAUGACAUUCUAGAAAAGAGAAAUUGGGAACAAGAAAGAUGGAAGUUUGAGAAGGACUGUCGAGUGAAGUUUUAUUCUCUUGCUUCUGGUAAAGCAUUGAGAGCUAAAAAAGACAUGAGUGUAGAUGGACUUGGUAUUCAGAUGGACCCUGAAAGUAUAUUUAAUGUUUCGCUAAAGAAAGCAAUGAUCAGGAUGUUUAACAGUGUUCGUAAUCCUAAUCAUUAUCUUGCCAUUGAUAAUGGGAAAAUUACAAUGCUGGGUAAAGGAGGUCCAUUUUGUGAAUUUAGAAUACGUGUUCAGGGUGACGGGUCUGUGAUUCUGGAGUCUGUUAAGAAUCCAUUACAGUUUGUUACGGUAGGAGAGGAUGGACAUCCGCAGGAUGUGAGAGCUAUUCUAGAUAAAGAGCCAUCAAGAAGGUUCUUUGUUUACUGUAAGGGUAUAUUUAGACAUAGGGGUACUGUCUUACUGAAUACAUCAUCUUCUCAAUGUAUAAACAUCAACUCAGACUUCACUAUGACUGGCACAGGAAAGAAAAGUAAAGGUGCUCAUUUCAUGGUCCACAAGGUUGAUACUGGUGGCGUUAGGAUGUUUGAAAGUAUAGCACAUCCUGGCAAAUAUAUCAGACUGAAAGAUGGAAAGAUUGAUUGUUUGGGUAGCAGAGAUGAAGCUUCACAUUUCAUAGUAGAAAAACAUCCAGAAGAAGGCAGCAUCAGUUUACAAUCUGCUUCACAGAGAGGCUUGUAUCUAGGAUUGAAGCCAGAUGGUAGGGUGUGGCCUACAGUUGAUACGGGAGUAAGAAAUACCAGUUUGUUUCCUGAAGUCAUUGAAUUUGGUGUCCCUAAGAGUAAGAGUACAGAGCUUAUAGAAGAAGAAGAAAUGGGAAGAGAAGAAACACCAGUCAAACCUAAACCAGAACCAAUCAAGAAAGAUUUUGCAGUAUAUGUGACUGAUGAUAUGGACACGUCUUUGUUUGGAGAUGGUGAUUGGAGUAUACAAGUGUCCACACUGGAAUCUCUGGAUGAGAAUGCUGAUGUUGCCUUGGUAGUUUAUGGAGAUUUAGGUCAAUCAGGAUCCAUAUUAUUAGGAGCACCUCCAGGCAAGAAAAUAUUUACUGCAGGAAAUAAUGAUGAGUUUAGGGCAAAUUUAUCAAAAGUUGGAAAUAUUUACAAGAUAAGACUGGAACUUAUACCAAGAAGUACAGCAGAUCCGUCUUGGAAGGUCAAAGAUGUCAAAAUGAUAGAUCUAAAUACCAAUGAAACACUUGUGUUCCCAUUCAGUAAAUGGCUGUCUAAAGUACAAGAAGACAGAGAAACCAUGAGGGAACAACCAGUCAGGAAAAAUGGGGAACCAGUUUUGCCAUUGGUGAGAUACCAUGUGAUAUUAACAACAGGAAAAGAAGAUGGAUCAGAAACAGAUUCCAAUGUAUAUAUCAACAUCGCUGGUGACAAAGGAGAUACAGGGAAACGUAUGCUCUUACAGUCCAAUAAUGUAUCAAAGUUCAAGGUCGGACAGACUGACAUAUUCCAUGUUGAGGCAGUAUCACUAGGUGUACUACAGAAACUGACCAUUGGUCAUGAUGGAACAAUGGCUGGACAGGGCUGGUAUUUGGACGAGGUUGUUAUCAGAGAAUUUGAAGAUGCCAAAGAGGAAUAUAUCUUCCCAUGUGAAAAGUGGUUAGAUACAGGGGAAGAAGACAGAAAAAUAGAAAGAGUGCUUUAUGUGAAGGAACCUGCCCCAUGUGCAAGAUUUGUCAAGGAAGUAAGAGAGGUACAUCCAAGUGUUGAACCUGAGGUGUCCACUAUACAAGAGGAAGAAGAAGAACCUCCCAAAGAAGAAGAAACUGUUGUGACUACAGAAGGAGAAUGGAAGUUAUGGGUAACAACAGGAGGAAAAGAAGAUAUGUCAACAUUAAAUCGGGUCAUGUUAUAUGUAUAUGGGUCAAAUAAUGUGGCAGGUCCUAUGGUACUAGGAAGUGGUAAAGAGGGACAUUUCCAAGCCGGUGAUACGGAUGAGUUUAAGGUUAACCUUGGUGGUAACUUGGGAGACAUUUACAAAAUCAGGAUUGGUCAUGACGAAGAGAAAGAUAACAGUGGAUGGUUUGUUGAAAAGGUUAAGUUACAAGAUUUAAUGGUCAAUAGCAAAACAGCUGAUUUGUCUAUAAAUAGAUGGAUGUCAAGACAACAGGAGGAUUGUGAUGUCUGGAGAGAAAUACCUGUUACAUUCUUUGAUAAACCCUUACUGCCAGUUGUUGUUUACACAAUAGAGGUAUAUACAGGAGAACAACAACAAUCAGCCUGUACUUCUACAGUAUCUUUACUAAUGACGGGAGAAAUAGGGGAUUCUGGGAAGAGGAGGUUGUACCAAUCAUCAGAAGGAAAUACACCUUUUAAUACAGGAAGUAAGGAUGUUUUCAAAAUAGAAGCUGUAUCUUUGAGUAACUUGGAGGAAAUCACCAUCAGCCAUGAUAACCAUGGUGAUUAUCCAGGACUAUAUCUAGACAAAGUUAUCAUCAGUGUCAAGGAUGAACAGUUUUACUUCCCAUGUGACAGGUGGUUGACACAAGAUAAUGGUGAUGGUAAAUGUGAAGUCACACUGAAACCUAAGCCCAUGCCUAAAGAAUCUAAAGGAGAAUACAGAUUAUCUAUAAAGACAGCAGAAGAUUCCUUACCAGCCAAUGGAGGAUCUGUAACAUUUGUAUUGUAUGGUGAUGUGGGUAGAAGUGAAGAGAUCAAACUUUUCUCUCAAACUUCUACAACAAGUCUGUUUGAACCAGGAAACAUUGAUAAGUUUGAGAUAUCAGCAGGAGAUCUAGGAGAACUGUAUAAAAUCAGGCUGACAAAACAAGAUAUAAUUCAGUGGGAAGGAUGGCAUUUAUUAGAGAUAAAGAUGCAAGAUGUAGAAACAGAUGAAGAAUACACAUUCCACUGUGAUAGAUGGCUAUCUCGGGAUAAAGAAGAUUUUGAUGUCGUAAGAGAAUUCCCUAUAAGUCGGAAGACUGGGUCAACACCUCAAGUUAAAGUCUAUGAAGUUAGCAUUCAUACAGGAAACAAUUGGGGAGCAGAAACUGAUGCCAGUGUGUUUAUCAAUAUAUUUGGUGUUAUAGGAGAUACAAGUAAAAGACUUUUGUAUCAUUCUAAAAAUAACUCACAAAAAUUCCAACGUGGGCAAAUAGAUUUAUUUGAAAUUGAGGCUGUAUCUUUAGAAAAUUUAACACACAUUGAAAUUGGACACGACAGAAAAGGUCAUGGUGCUGGGAUGUAUCUAGAUAAAGUUGUAAUAUCAGAGAAGGAUGACUCAACUAAAGAGUAUGUGUUCCCAUGUCGUACAUGGCUGGAUGACAGAGAGGGUGAUGGGAAAACAUGGAGGACACUUCCUGUUUUAGAUGUUGUAGAUACUAAAAAGGUUAAGCCCAAGAUUGAUUCCAGUAAAAGUGCAGGUAAAUGGAAGAAUGUUCAGGUAACAGUAAAGACAAGUGACUUGGACAAUGCUGGAACAGAAGCUCAGGUCUACCUUACAGCAUAUGGUACUAAGGGACAGUCUGACCAAUUAUCUUUGACAUCGCCAGAUAGUGCUCAUGUCUUUGCUAAAGGUGCUGAAUCAGAAAUAAAUGUAUCUUUUGGUGAUAUUGGUGAGCUAACAAAGAUCAGAUUAGAACAUGAUGGUACCAGUAAAAAUCCCUCAUGGCAUGUUGAUUGGGUGAAAUUAACAGCUGGUGACAAUGAUGAAGUGAUGUUUUAUAUAAACAAAUGGUUCGCUAUAGAUGAAGAGGAUGGACAGAUACUCAGGGAAUUCUCAGUAAUAAAUUCAGAUAGAGUACCGCAGCCUUCAUGUCAGUAUAUCAUUAUAAUUGAGACUGGAAACAAAACAAAUGCUUCAGCUAGUAAAGGUGCUGUGUACAUCAAUUUGAUUGGUAACCAUAGUGACACAGGACUGAGAAGAUUAAACAAAUCAUUGACCUCCAAUUCACAACCAUGGAAACCAAAACAAGAAGAUAUUUAUAUGAUAGAAAGCAUAUCUGUAGGACAAAUAGAAAAAAUACAUGUUAGAUUUGAAGGAACAGGAACAGAGGAAUGGUUCCUGGAUAGGAUCAGUAUAUUUGACAAAGUUUCAGCGAUCUCUAAGUCUGUCUUCAAUUGUUACACAAUGUUAGGAACAGAAACUGACCAGAUCUCUGUCAAUAAAGAGUUUGAUUUGUCAGAAACCAUUCCUGUCUCUUGUCCCUCAGAGAUUGUACAGAGUCUGUACAAAGAUAUCAGACCACAAGUAUCUGGUGGUAACUGGACUGUAUGGAUACACUGUGGACCAGACAGUAAUGGAGGGACUAAGGAUGAGGUCCAUAUGAUUGUAUACGGUCUCAAUGGACAGUCCAAACCUAUUCAACUAAAUGAUAAAAUGGAAUUCAAUCAAAGAUCAAUAGUCAAAACUGAUAUUACUAUAGGGGACAUAGGUGCAAUAUUUAAAGUGAGAUUAUAUUUUGGUGGUGACUACACUGGAUCUCCAUGGUUUCUAUCAAGUUUAAAAAUGAAGGAUCAUGAUACAUUACAAGAAGUUAUAAUGAGAGUAGAUAAAGAGUUAGGUGGAACAGAAGACAAUCCUGAUGGUAGUUUAGAAUUGCCAGUAACUAGACCAGAUUUAUCACCAUUAGAAGAAGAUGAGUUUACCUUGUAUGUUGCCACUGGUAACCAGGAUAUGGCAGAUACAGAGGCAGAUGUAUUCUGUUGUCUCAUUGGUCAAUUUGGAGAUACAGGCAGGCGUAUGCUGUCAAAGUCAAACUCAUCCAUGCCUUUCAAACAGGGACAGGUUGAUGAAUUUGUUAUCAAAAGUUUGGAUCUUGGGAAAGUGGAGAAAGUUGUAAUCGGUCAUAAUGAGAAAGGACGAGGAAGAGGAUGGUUUUGUGAACGUGUACAAAUCAAGUCCAAACUUCACCCUGUGAUGAAGAUAUUCCCAUGUAACAGAUGGAUGGACACAGGUUGUGAAGACAGGAAGCUUAUGAGAGAAUUGCCUUAUAUAGGAGAUAUGCCAGUAGUGGCUCCACCUUCAGGGACUUCAAAGGGUGUGUACACAUGUACAGUGACGACUGCUGAUAGAGAGAGACUACCACCAAAAGGCUUAGAUAGAAGUGAGAAAUCUCGCAUGGUAUCGCUGAUGGUUUAUGGGAGUAAAUCUGUGGUUGGACCAAUAGAGCUGGACAAACCAGGAGUAGAUCUAUUUUUACCAGGACAUGUUGAUGUGUUCAAGGGAUUAUCUAUUGAUGUUGGUGAAAUAAAGAAAAUUCGAGUUUGUGCAGGAUAUGAAGAGGAUCCUGAAUCUGUUUGGACAACUGAAAAAAUUGAGUUAGAAGAUGAUGAUACUAAAGAUAUUUUCACCUUUGACUUUUCACAUUGGGUUGGAGAGGUCAAAGGUGAUUGUAGGAAAGAAUUACCAGUUUUAAGAUUAGGAAAAGGUCAAAAACAAAUAUUUCCUUAUCAUGUGGAAGUUCAUACAAGUGAAGAAGAAAUGAAUGCAGCCACCGACUCUCAAGUAUUUAUUACUUUGUAUGGAAUGCUGGGGGAUUCUGGUAGAAGACUUCUCAGUAAAAGUCGGAACAAUAAAACCAAAUUUCAAACAGGACAGAUAGACAUAUUUACUGUGCAUGCAGUAGACCUGGGAGAAUUAGAGAAAGUAGUAGUGACAAAAGGACCUGGAAAUCCUUGGUUGUUAGAAAAAGUUGUUGUUAAAACCUCUGACUUUGCUCCACAAGAAAGUAUAUUCUCUCAUAAUGAUUGGAUAGGGAAGAAAUCUGACACACCAGCAGAAAUAGAGGAGACAAUAAGAUUAGCAGCUGUACAGAACAGUCAUGUUGUUAUACCAGUCAUGGGAUCAGACAAUUUACCUAUAUCUAAAGGAAGAUGGAAGCUGACUGCAGAGACUGGUGGUAACAAAGGAGAAGAAAACUUUGGAGAUGUUGUCAUGAUACUCUGUGGAGAAGAUGAAGAAACACAACCUGUCAAAAUAGUCACAACAAAGGAGAAGCCAUUCCAGAUCGGUCAGACUGAUGUAUUUGAUGCAAAGUUUUCUGAAGUUAUAGAAGAGUUAUAUAAGAUCAGACUUGGAUUCAAAGAUAAUACAAGCAACAAAGGAUGGCUCAUUAAAAAGAUAAAAUGUGAAGAUUUAGAUACAGGUGAUAAGUUUAGUUAUGAAGUAAAAGACUGGAUGGUUGUUGAUGAAUAUAAUGAUGGAUGGAAGGAAGUACCUGCAGCAUGGCCAGCCAUCAAUAUUCCUAAAGUGCUACAAUACCAAAUAAAGACUUACACAGGAGAUGUAAGAAGUGCUGGUACCGAUUCUGACGUGUAUAUCUACAUACAUGGGGAACUAGGUACUACUGGUCGUAGAUUACUGAAAAAGUCUAAAACACAUGAUGAUAAGUUUGAAAGAAAUCAAGAAGAUUUAUUUGUUGUUGAGGCUGUAUCAUUAGGGAAGUUAAAGAAAGUUGUUAUUGGUCACAAUGAUGAAGGUCUAGGAUCUGGUUGGUUCCUCCAGAUGGUUGUGAUUACUGAAUCAGAGACGGCUACAGAAGAAAUUAUAUUCCCAUGUGAUCAGUGGUUGUCCAAAGAAGGAGAUGGUAAAAUAGAAAGAACUUUGAUUGCUAAGAGACCAGGAAGUGAAACAUAUCGAUUAAGGGACAGAACUCCUUCAUCAAAAGUCAGACCUCAAAUUCCUACUCCAGUGGUUGAAGAGAAACUUGAAUCCGAACGAAAAUCAAAAUCACCAGAGCCAGAAUCAAAACCCAAGACACCAACCCCUCUACCUCAAACAAAAUCACCCACUCCUGAAACUCAAAUAAAGUCACCUUCACCAAAUCCACUAGUCAACACUUUACCAGAACAAGAAGCAAACACAGAAAGUAACACAAAAACACCAACACCUGAACCAAAGGAAAAAUCACCUGAACCAAAAGUCAAAUCACCAUCACCUGAACCUAAAAUGAAAUCACCAUCUCCUGAACCAAAAGGCAAGUCACCAUCUCCUGAACCAAAAGUACAGACGCCAUCUCCUGAACCAAAAAUUAAGUCACCGUCCCCUGAACCAAAAGCCAAGUCACCAUCACCUGAACCAAAAGUCAAGUCCCCAUCACCUGAACCAGGAGAUGUAGAGAUCAAAGCAGAAGAUGAUGCAGGGAGAAUAGAAUCCCCAAGGUAUGAAGAACAACAGCCUGAUGAACCUGUUAGAAGUCCAUCACCAGAGACCACGGAGCCUUUGGUAUCUCCUAAACCAGAAACUCCUAAAAAGGAUCCUGUUGAUGGAGACUUCAAAGUUACAGUGGUCACUAGUGGUCAGUCUAAAGGGUUUGACGAUCAAGUCUACCUGACAGUAUUUGGUGAUGCUGGUAACUCAGGACAGUUACCAUUAGGAGAACCUGGCACUGGACUGUUCCAGGCAGGAACCACAGAUGUGUUUCCGAUUACACUGGAACUGGAAGAACUUGGAGGAACGCGUAAAAUCAGACUGGAACACAGUGAUGUAAAACCAGGAGCUGCCUGGGCUGUUGACAAGAUUAUUCUGGAAGACUUAUUUAGAGGUAAUUCAAUGGAGUUCCCAGUGAACAAGAAUUUGACCUUAGCUGACCCAGGAAGUGAUAUAUCAGUGGAAAUACCAGCACAUCAUAAGAACCAUGUCUGGCCAGAGAGUUCAGGAGUUGAUGUAAACCAGUAUGUGAUAGAAGUAGAGACAGGGGAUGAAGAAGGAGCAGAAACCAGUGAAGUUAUACAUGUUAACCUGUUUGGUACACUAGGUGAUAGCGGUAAACGGUAUCUGAUUCAUAAUAAAGAGAAAAGAUCCAAAUUCCAGAGAGGUCAGACUGACACCUUCAUCAUUGAAGCUGUAGACUUGGGUAGAUUGGAAGCCUUAAUUGUUGGACACCAUGGACAUAGCCCAAGUUCAGCAUGGUUCCUGGAGAAGGUUUCUGUGAAAGAAUCUGUUACAGAUACAACUAAAUACAUAUUUCCUUGUGGAAGCUGGCUAAGAGAUGAUAAUGAUCUUGGUGUAGCAGAACUAGAGUUGUAUAUGGAUCGUGUAGAGAAAGAAGAUCAAAAUAAUAAUGCUGAUGAAACAGAUGGUGCUAACACUGAAGAACUCAAUACUCAAAAUGAUCAAUCAAAUAAACACACUGAAGAUAGAGAUGAUAACAAGUCACCUGACAAUACUGAAGACAAGACCAGUGAUGAAAUUGACAAAGUGGAAUCUUGAAAUAUUUUAGACUAAAUAAUUCAAAUGUUUGAAAAAUUACAAAUAUUCACUCAACAU